CUAGCUUUAGGUGGCAGCAGUGCGGUUAGCAGUGUUUUUCCCCCAGUCAGGAUGUUAAAGAAGGAGAAGUCUAAGCUGGCGGCGGUGUACAGGAUUUAUUAGAGUGAUAUUUUAUGUUUAUGCGAGUUUUUUGCCGUUUAUUAUCGUUUUUUUUUUCAGUACGGUAGCUGGCGUCCUACUAAUACUGCUUCAAACAUGAGCAACAUAUACAUCCAGGAGCCUCCGACUAGUGGCAAGGUUUUAAUUAAGACCUCUGCAGGUGAUAUUGAUGUGGAGCUGUGGUCAAAAGAAGCUCCCAAAGCCUGCAGAAACUUCACUCAGCUGUGCAUGGAAGGUUACUACAAUGGGACCAUAUUCCAUCGUGUUGUGCCAGAAUUUAUUAUCCAGGGGGGUGAUCCCACCGGCACUGGAACUGGAGGGGAGUCUAUCUAUGGCCGUCCUUUCAAGGACGAGUUUCACUCCAGAUUACGGUUCAACAGGAGAGGUUUGGUGGCCAUGGCAAAUGCAGGACCACACGAUAAUGGAAGCCAGUUCUUCUUCACACUGGGACGGGCUGAUGAGCUCAAUAACAAGCACACCAUUUUUGGAAAGGUCACAGGAGACACAGUGUAUAACAUGUUACGGCUGGCAGAGGUGGAGUGUGACAGUAACGAGCGGCCGCUAAAUCCCCACAAAAUCCGAUCUACAGAGGUUUUACAUUCUCCGUUUGAUGACAUUGAGCCUCGUGAAAUAAAAGGCAAGAAAGAGAAAUCCAAAGAGGAGACAAAGAAAUCUCAGUCUAAGGCAACAAAAAAUUUCAGCUUGCUCUCGUUUGGUGAGGAGGCAGAAGAGGAAGAGGAAAUGGUCACUCAAGUCAGCCAGACAAUGAAGGGGAAAAGCAAAAGCAGUCACGACCUUCUAAAGGACGAUCCGAAGUUGAGCUCAGUACCGGUUGUUGACAGAAAAACAGGUCCUGAAGGAAGAGGGGAAAAUUCAGAGGAAGAUGAUGAAAUGAAAGAUAGAGACGAUGAUGACGAAGACGAUGAGGAUGCAGCUCUGAGGAGAAAGGAAAUGAGAGACCGCAUCUCAAACAAACUGAAGAAAGGAAAAGUGGGAGAAGAGAAAGCUGAGGUCGGCGAGGAGAGAGAAAAGAAGAGCAGUCGCAGUGAUGAACUACGAAAAGAGGCACGCCAGUUGAAGAAAGAGUUGCUUGCAAUCAAGCAACGGAAAGAGGAGAGCGUGAAACCGGAGGAGGUCGAAAGUGCUGGUGAAAAGAAGCCAGCUAAUGAAGCCUUGGCCGAGUACAUGGAAAGCAAGAAGAAAUACGAGGAAAUGAGGAAGCAGAAGCUGAAGAAAGGCUCAAGUCGCGAGGCACAGACUCUCGCUCUUCUGGACCGCUUUAAAUCCAAGCUGUCGAGUGCCAUUUCUGAGGCCCCAGAGACCUCUGAAGAUGUGGAGGAACUGGGAGAGGAUGAUGAUAAAGGAUGGAUGGCCCAUGUACUGCAGUUUGAUGAGCAAACCAGAAAGGUGAAGGAUGCCAACAUGCAGGACGAAGACACAUUCGAGAUCUAUGACCCGCGCAACCCCGUCAACAAGCGCAGACGAGAGGAGAGCAAGAAGCUUCUGAGGGAGAAGAAGGCCAAGAGGUGAGGAGGGAGUCAGUGCUUUGUUCCUGUGUCUCAGUGACCUUCUCUCAUCUGCUGGAUCUUCUCCUGCUGCCUGCUCACUUUGGUAUGAACUGCAACCCUGGAUCCUGUUGAACAAGGAAACAAGAAGGGACUAAUGAAUGUGACCUGCUUGAAACAAGAAGGCUGGUGUACAGACUUUCCCUAAGACAUGGUGUACAGUAUAAUCUCUCAAACAGAGAAUCUCAGUCAUUCACACCAAUUAAGGUUAAUAAAUGAUUUUUUAUUACUGCAAAUAUUCUGAGUUUGUUUAAUUUUGUCAAGUUUGUAUCAUGUUUGUACAUGUUGUCUCUGCUAAUAAAACUGGAAACAAGACCCCCUGCUGAAUUGGGAUCAACUGGGAAAUAAUAAUAAUAAAAAAAUUCAUUAAAAAAAUAACUAUAUGUA